CGGCGAUUUUUCAAAUCAAUCGUUUCAGUGAUGUAUAUUUUUGCAGCGAAAAACCUCAUGAAUUAUACCUUUCUCAAAAUAUUACGUUGUAAAAGAUGCUCUAUUUAUUCCGUAUGAAACCAGGAACGUCUUUUCCGUCUAAUCUUCAUCGAUUCACAAUGCUGAGAAGUUUGUUUGCAAGUCUUCCAGAAUGACCAAGCUUUUCAAAGAUUGAGAUCAGUUUCACCGUUGUUUCACAUUCCAGUGACAUGUCGAGGCCAGUGUUCUCAGCAACGAUCAGUGGCAACGAUCCGUCACUCCAGUAUAUCCAAUGGGUCCAGACCACUGGUCCAGACAGACCAGACUUAUAAUAAUAUGGGUCCAGACCAGUCAGAUGAAUAAACCAUCAUGAAUAAACAAUAGUUUAUUCAUCUCAAUUGUCCAGACUUAUGGGUCCAGAUCACCUAUAUAGCCGCGUUUACACUACGUGCUUUGACCUGGCCUGGACCAGACCUAGGCUAAAGGUGUGAACGUUUGUUUAUCCCGCCUAGACCAGGCCUGGACCUCUAGGCUCUAGGCCACAAAACCUCACCUGGAGCACGAUUUUUCUAAUGUGAACGGGCUUUACCUAGUCUAGUCCUGACAAAUUUUAAACUUAAUAGUAUGAUUUGUAUAGGAUCCAUACUAGUAUUAACACUUUUCGACGUGUUUUGGGUCUUGCUUCAAGUAUUUUGUCAUUUAUUUUGGCUCUCCAAUAUCAUCAACAAGAAAGCAGUGUCAGUGUGAACGUGGCACAUAUCACCUAGAUUUUUCCCAGUCCAGGCGAGAUCAGGGCCCCUAGUCUGUGCUCUAGUGUAAACGCGGCUUAUGAGACCACCGAUUCUGGAAUUAUCACCGAAUUCCUGCUCGAAUGUACGAUUGUAUCAAUUAUGAUUGUAUAAUUAUGUAAAUUAUUCCAACCAUGUUCAAAUAUAGAGGAGACGCCCUUUGAGGUAUUAAAUUUCAAGCAUGAUAUUGUAACCAAACGGUGGCAUGGCCGAUUAUAAGGCGGUUCCGUUAAAUGAGACUGAAAAUAUCAGAGAAAUGGAGGAAAGACAGGCAGCUUCUAACACGGAUAAGCCUUUUGAAAUGCCAAAACUUAGCAAAGAGGACUGGGUGAAGGUUAAUGUUAAAGUUGAAAAGGAAGGCCUAUCCUAUAGUGAGGCUGUAGAUAAAGUCAAAGCUGAAAAACUCAUUGAAAAUGAAGAAGAUGGUAAUCGUGGUACUGACCCUCUGAUAGUUAUGUUAAAAGAGUGGCCUAAAUUAGAGGAAAAUAAAGACUCAAAACGUUUGGCCAGUUUGGAAUACCUGAUUGGCCGACUGACCAAAAUCAUUUUGGAGAAAGAUAAAGGAAUUACUGAAGUAAAAGAGGGAAAAGAAAAAAAGAAAAAAAAGUACAAUGAAUUUUUUCGUGAUGAUAAAGAUUCAUUAAAACCUACAUUACUUCAUAUGGCUGCUAAACUGAACUACGCUCAAGUCUCAAAGAUGCUGGUAGAGCAUUCCCCAAAGCUUAUGUAUGCGAUAACAGCGGAUAGUGUAUUACCAUUGCAGGUUGCCUUAAGAAACUUUAGAGAUGAUACUGCUUCAUAUCUCAUAUCAAGGAUGCAGUAUGAUCGGAGUAAUGCCUAUUCUACUUUGGAAAACAUUCAUUUAUGA